AUGUUAAAUCAGGGUGAAGCAGACGUUCAGUGUAUGGUGGAUAGCCCUAAACACCACACUGUUGCAAUGGGCCGCAUGUUCAAUUUACCAGGAGAGAGUAUGAUUCAUAAUGUGCCUCUCCCUGUUGAUCAUGUGAGGGUGCAGUUGAACACUGCUAUUGAUGCUAAUUAUGCCCUCCCGAUGCCCACCCCAGAUGCAGAGACAGUGGCUCAAGCAGUGGUUGGGGCCAGAUUAGAACGUGGUGAGGAUUUCAUGAUUCCCCUAGAGUUUAAGCUAGAGGUCUAUGGUCGACCCACGUCAGAGUACGUCACAAAUGAAGUAUUGAAAGAAAUUCUAACGCAUGGAAUGGCCGGCACAAAUGCCUGUAACUUUUAUAUCAGGUAUCUUUUUAAGAACUUUAUAGUCCCCAGUGGUCUUGAUGACAAGUUCAAGAUUGUCAGCUCCCACACUUUUGCUGGCCACGGACCUGAUAUGAAGAAGAAAGACUUAUCCGGAGACUUGGGACACUGGAUGCUAAUUGUGGUCAAUUCCAUAAAGCCGAGGAUUUGGGCAUUGUGGCUAUACCACACAAAUCAAGCCUUACCCUGCCCCUUAGUAAAAAAUGGCCAGUUUGACGAUACCUUCCCGUGGAAGAAAGUGAAGUGCCCACGUCAGCCCAAAAAAAGCUCCGAUUGUGGAUAUUGCGUGAUGAAAUUCAUAAAGGAGAUAAUUAUGCACAAUGCUGACACAAUCCCUAUACAGUACUUUGCCGACACAUAUUGCGUAGUGUAUUCAUCCGCUCAGAUGGAAGAAAUCAUUGAAGAGUUGGCAAUAGCCUUAUUCCGUCAGUGG